AUGGGCCGGAGCUGGAGGCGAGGUCUUGGCUCAAGCAUUGCCGCCAUGGCCUUUGCACUUUCGUUGCAUGGAGUGCCAGUGGCGACAUCGCUUCCACCUGGGUUCUGGACGAAGAAGAGUAACAGGAAGGACCAGGAGGGCAGCCGUUCAGUUUUGACAGCAGCGACCUUUGCAGCAGCUGCUGCGGCUCAUGCAGGUUGGUGCUGGACCUCCACGGCUUGUGGCUCCCGUGCAGCACCUCGCUUCAGACUCAGGAUGCAUGCGGUGGAGAUUGUGGAUGCCGAGAUCAUCAGCGAGAUGCCGGCUUCCGGAGGAGAUGGACAAGAUGCGCCUCAAGCCGAUCCUGCAGAGGCAGAGGCUGCUGCGGCCGUGAUCGAUGCCGUGCUGCAGCUGGUGGAAGCUUGGCUCAAUCAACGCAUGACCUGUGCAGGGGCAGAGAAGAGCGGCGUGCCAGUUCGCAACCAAGUGAUGGAAUACAAGGCGGAGCCUUCGCGUUCGCCGCUUGCGACUUGCGGGAUUCCGGAACUUGCGCCGGGUGGGACCAAGGCUACGCAGCUGUUGGUGGCAGGACUUCGUGCCAAGGGCGCAGAUGCUGACAAAGCUGAGGUGGCAGCUGCUGUGUUGUGCCUCAUGCUCGGUGGCUUAGACGAGGCCCACAACCUUGUCAUGCCGCACUGCUGGGCCACACCGACUACUUUCGGUGGCCCGCCUAAGCUGGGGAGCACGGUGUUCCGCGAGGCUGCAUAUGGCCAGGUCAUCGUGCACCGUAUGGAAGGCGAGAAUCUGGGCGAAUUUGGAUCUGGGAAUCUCAGUUGCAGAUACUGGCUGGGCCAGGCUUUCUCCUUGGGAGCGAGCCAACACACAAUCUUCGCGGAACUGCGGAAAGAUGCCGAAGGCUUCGUUGGCACAUGCCAUGAUUCGCGCUGCCUGCUGCGGACCAUGGGUCCCAAGUGGGAGCCGUCACUGUUCAACAAACUCUGCGAAGAUGUGCUGCUGACAGAGGAUCCAGAUACCCUGGAGUUUUGCAAGGCUGUUCAAACCAGGGAGCUUCAGCUUCUUUUCGAGCACAUCAUGGCGCCGGAUGACUCUGCCGCAGCUUGA